AUGGACAUCGACCAGUUGCCCAAGAACGCUGCCAACUACACAGCGUUAACGCCGUUGUGGUUUCUGGAAAGAGCAGCUACGGUGCACCCCACUAGAAACUCCCUCAUCCAUGGAUCUCGUCGCUACACCUGGCACCAGACCUAUCACCGUUGCCGUCGAUUUGCCUCCGCCCUUUCCAACCAUUCCAUCGGUUCAGGAAACACUGUAGCUGUUAUUGCACCCAAUAUUCCAGCUCUUUAUGAAGCUCAUUUUGGAAUUCCAAUGGCAGGGGCUGUGUUGAAUCCUGUUAAUAUUAGGCUAAAUGCAUCCACUGUAGCUUUUCUUCUUGGUCAUUGCACAGCUGCAGCUGUAAUAGUUGAUCAAGAGUCCUUUUCUUUGGCAGAAGAAGCUUUGAAAAUAUGGUGUGAGAAAGCCAAAACCUUCAGCCCUCCACUUUUAAUAGUCAUCGGUGAUGAAAAUUGCGACCCCAAGUCGCUUAAAUAUGCUGUGGGCAAAGGAGCCAUUGAAUAUGAGGAUUUUCUUCAGAGUGGUGAUCCUGAAUAUGCAUGGAAACCUCCUGAGGAUGAGUGGCAGAGUAUUGCUUUGGGUUAUACAUCCGGUACCACUGCUAGUCCCAAGGGUGUGGUAUUACAUCAUCGUGGAGCCUAUCUAAUGUCUCUGAGUGGAGCUCUUAUCUGGGGAAUGACUGAAGGUGCCGUGUAUCUUUGGACACUCCCCAUGUUUCAUUGCAAUGGUUGGUGUUACACAUGGACACUUGCAGCUAUGUGUGGUACAAACAUAUGCCUUCGCCAGGUAACAGCGAAGGAAGUUUACAAAGCCAUUGCCAAGUAUAAAGUGACUCAUUUUUGUGCAGCACCAGUGGUUCUUAACACAAUAAUCAAUGCCCCACCUGAGGAAACCAUACUUCCUCUCCCUCAUGUUGUGCAUGUGAAUACAGCUGGGGCUGCUCCUCCUCCUUCUGUUCUUUCUGGCAUGUCUGAACGUGGAUUUCGUGUCACACACACUUACGGUCUCUCUGAAACCUAUGGCCCCUCUGUGUACUGUGCCUGGAAACCAGAAUGGGAAUCACUUCCUCCUGAAAAGCAAGCCCAGCUCAACGCAAGACAAGGGGUUAGGUACAUUGGCUUGGAAGGCCUGGAAGUAGUGAACACAAAAUCCAUGCAACCUGUUCCUGCUGAUGGUAAAACUGUAGGUGAGAUUGUGAUGCGGGGCAACUGUGUGAUGAAAGGCUACUUAAAGAACCCUAAAGCUAAUGAGGAGACCUUCGCAAAUGGAUGGUUUCAUUCCGGGGAUCUUGCUGUGAAGCAUCCAGAUGGAUAUAUAGAAAUUAAAGACAGAUCAAAGGACAUCAUAAUCUCUGGUGCUGAAAAUAUCAGCAGUGUGGAGGUAGAGAACGCUCUUUACUCGCAUCCUGCAAUACUGGAAGCAGCAGUUGUUGCAAGGGCAGAUGAGAAAUGGGGUGAGUCUCCUUGUGCUUUUGUGACAUUGAAGCCAGGAGUGGAUAAAAGUAAUGAGCAACGUUUAACUGAGGAUAUACUGAAGUUCUGCAAGGCCAAGAUGCCUUCUUAUUGGAUUCCAAAAUCAGUUGUGUUUGGACCCUUACCUAAGACAGCUACUGGGAAGAUACAGAAGCAUUUGCUAAGGGCAAAGGCAAAAGAGAUGGGACCUGUUAAGAUGAGCAAGUUAUAA